AUGCGGUGCAGGCCGGGAGUGAGGGCGCUUCCUGCUCCCCCUCCUGCAUCCCAGGAUUACAUACCUGACACCCUUCCAAGUAAUCAAGAGCACCCUAGUACCUCAGCCUCCGGUCCUGGCACCGCCCCACCAGCAACCACCUCUGGUUCCCGCCCCUUAACACGCUCCCAGUCUUCUCGCUCCCUUAGGUCAAAAUCGGGUUCCUCGGGCAGUAGGGCGCCUCACAAAGGGCCUACCAGUACUAACACUCAGCAGGCCAUAGAUGUGCCCAGUAUCUUUCAGGAUCCACCACCACAGCCCACAACUGCAGUAGGGGAUUCUGGGUCCUCUUCCAAUGAGGAACACCAAGGACACCAGGAUGUGCCCUCGGCUGCAGCCCCAACCACGACUACCAGUGAGGAGCAGGGUGGAAAAAGGAAAUCCAAGAAGAAACACACGUUGAAGAAAAGCAAGAAAAGCAGGACGUCAAACUCCGAGGACAAGUCAGGUACCUCCUCUUCCGAUUCAGAUAGUGACGCCCCUAUGGAAGAUUACUGGGGUUUGGGCGAGGACAUUUCCAGGCUCCCGUUGUGGGUGCACGAGAGGAGGGCCAACUCCCAUCGUAAGUCCUUAAACGGGUCCCUAAAAUGGAAAGGGGGGUCAUUGGUGGAAGAUGUAAAAACACCCACCAAUGUGUCCACUGACUUUAUAUUAGGAAACCACUUAUCCCAAAAGAAGAGGACUAAGAUACUUAACGGGGACUACAUUGAUAUAUUUACUCUCCUCCCCCCGACUAAAAUGACAGGGAAAGGAGAAAAGAAAUGUUUAUAUGAGAAGCGGAGGUAUAGAACCCCCCGAGCCGAGCGCACUUUUGAGAAUUGGUUAGAGGGGUACCAGGUUUUUAUGGGGGUAGUUUCGGCGGCUUAUCCCAAAUGCGCGAUGCACCUCAUUGCACACAUGGCGCAUGUGAGAAGGGCAUUUGCACUAGCGGGGGAGAACGCAGCUUUAUCUUAUGAUGAAGAUUUCCGUAGAAACGCUUCCCUCUUACCAUCCACUCGCUGGGACCUGAGGGACCAGAAUUAUUGGAUGGAGCACGUAGGCCCUUAUGUUGAAAAGAAAUCGCAGGACUCUUCUAAUGUCGGGAAGGUGGAGUCAAAGCGGCGAUGCCAAUGCUGGGACUUCAACAGGGGGGUCUGUUCUCGUACGGCCUGUAAGUAUACUCACGAAUGUGAGAAGUGCCUCAGCAACAAUCCGGCCUCCACAUGCUUUAAGGGUAAGCAGCCCUUUCGGGGUGGAAGGGAGUACUCACACCAGGGCACAAGGGGUACCCCCAGACAACCCCAUGGGACUGCUGGGAACCGCCAGUAG